AUGUACCAGGUCCCACUGCCGCUGGACCGGGAUGGGACCCUGGUCCGGCUCCGCUUCACCCUGGUGGCCCUGGUCACGGUCUGCUGUCCACUUGUCGCCUUCCUCUUCUGCAUCCUCUGGUCCCUGCUCUUCCACUUCAAGGAGACAACGGCCACACACUGUGGGGUAGGUUGUGUCCCUUGCCCUGCUUGGGCCACUCCCUACAGGAUGUUCUCUGCGGCCUCCCAGCCCUUGGACCCCGAUGGAACUGUGUUCCGGCUCCGCUUCACAGCCAUGGUCUGGUGGGUCAUCACUUUCCCCGUGUUCGGCUUCUUCUUCUGCAUCAUCUGGUCCCUGGUGUUCCACUUUGAGUACACGGUGGCCACUGACUGUGGGGUACCCAAUUACCUGCCCUCGGUGAGCUCGGCCAUCGGUGGGGAGGUGCCCCAGCGCUACGUGUGGCGUUUCUGCAUCGGACUGCACUCAGCACCUCGCUUCUUGGUGGCCUUCGCCUACUGGAACCACUACCUCAGCUGCGCCUCGCCAUCUCCCUGCUACCGCCCACUUUGCCGCCUCAACUUCGGCCUCAACGUUGUCGAGAACCUGGCACUGCUAGUGCUCACUUAUGUCUCCUCCUCCGAGGACUUCACUGUCCACGAAAAUGCUUUCAUUGUGUUCAUUGGCUCAUCCCUCAGCCACAUGCUCCUCACCUGCAUUCUCUGGAGGCUGACCAAGAAGCACACAGUAAGUCAGGAGGAUCGAAAGUCCUACAGCUGGAAACAGCGGCUCUUCAUUAUCAACUUCAUCUCCUUCUUCUCGGCGCUGGCUGUCUACUUUCGGCACAACAUGUAUUGUGAGGCUGGAGUGUACACCAUCUUUGCCAUCCUGGAGUACACUGUUGUCCUAACCAACAUGGCGUUCCACAUGACGGCCUGGUGGGACUUCGGGAACAAAGAGCUGCUUAUAACCUCUCAGCCUGAGGAAAAGCGAUUCUAAACCCUCUGUCCUGCUCUGAAGGAGGCAGCCCAGUGCCCAGAAGCAAGAAAUAAGAAACAGCUCUGGCCUUCACCACCCUGUGUCCUCUCUGGGCUGUACUGAAGAUUGGGGAGGGGGAAGAAGGAAGGGGAUAGGCCAAGGCUGAUGCCAGUGCUGCUGACUGCUCCUUCCCACCCCUCACAUGAGCACAAGGGCUCUCAAGCAUUGUUACCCUUACCUGAGCGAUCUCAAGAAGCUGAGCUGACAGGAGAGCUCCACCAUUUGGUGCUAAAAAGCCCUAAGGUUCAUGACCACAAUCCAGUUCUUGGCCUUUACAUAGCCACCUUUUGCUGAGGUCAGGAACCACUGAGCAGUGGCUGCUACCUGAAUACUGCAGCCCUUUCUCAAUUGGGUCAUUUACUUGACUGAUGUAUCUAAUAAUAUCCUGUGCACAUCCAGGCCUGUGGCCACAGUCCCCUGCUAAGGUUUCCCAGGUGUUCCUGUCCUGAUUUUACCUCUUUAAUUUGGCUUAUGUCUUAUGGUGCACACCCUUCCCUGUCUGAGCCUCAGUGUAUCCAUGUGUAUGAUGGGGGGUGGGUGUGCUAUAUGAUUUCCAAAGGCUCUGCCAGUGUGUGAUUCUGAUGUCAUCCCUUGGAGGUGGUGUUCUGUACCUAAAGGAUGACCUCUUCCCAGAGAAGUACUAGCACAGCGUGUACUUCCCUUCCCUUCUGAAAUUUGUAGUUUCAAUGGAUAUUCCCUCCUUUAUAAAAGUAUGAGGUGGAAAGGUCAGAGGCCCAGAUUUCUACCCCAAAAUGGGGCUCCCUAGAAUUCCUCCAUCUUCCUUACUACCCCAGAUCCUAAGCUUUUUUGGUUGUACAUUUUAAAGGAAAAUAAAAAUUUUUUUUUUUUCCAUUAGUGUGAGCAAGGCUUGCU